AUGAGCCGCAGAGCCCCGGGGUCUCGGCUGAGCGGCACCGCCACCUCCUCCUCCUCGUCGUCGUCCGGCGCCAGGCAGCACUAUCACCCGCGGAGCUGGAAUGACUGGCAACCCAGAACUGAUAGUGCAUCAGCUGACCAAGAGAAUUUAAAAUACUCUUCAUCCAGAGACCGGAGUACUUCUUCCUCCUAUGGAUUACAACCCUCAAGUUCAGCAGUGGUGUCUCGACAUAGACAUGAUGAUAUCAGAGGCCCCACUGAUGUACAGAAUGAAGAAAAGGGUGGCUACAGCGUCAAUGGAGGAUCUGGGGAAAAUACUUAUGGUCGGAAGUCGUUGGGGCAAGAGCUGAGACUUAACAAUGUGAACAAUCCUGAUUUUACCAGUGUUCAGCAUGGGAAUCGUGCUUUAGUCGCAAAAGACAUGAGGAAAACACAAGAGCGAUCAUUGUCUUACUCUGAUGAGUCUCGACUGUCAAAUCUUCUUCGGAGGAUUACUCGGGAAGACGACAGAGAUCGAAGACUGGCUACUGUAAAGCAACUGAAAGAAUUCAUUCAGCAACCGGAGAACAAACUGGUGCUAGUUAAACAACUGGAUAAUAUCUUGACUGCCAUACAUGAUGUGCUUAAUGAGAGUAGCAAAUUGCUUCAAGAACUGAGACAGGAGGGCGCUUGCUGUCUUGGUCUGCUUUGUGCUUCUCUGAGCUACGAAGCUGAGAAGAUCUUUAAAUGGAUUUUUAGCAAAUUUAGCUCAUCCACUAAAGAUGAAGUUAAACUUCUUUAUUUGUGUGCAACGUACAAAGCAUUGGAGACUGUGGGAGAGAAGAAAGCCUUUUCAUCUGUAAUGCAACUUGUAAUGACUAGCCUGCAGUCUAUCCUGGAGAAUGUGGAUACACCAGAACUGCUGUGUAAAUGUGUCAAGUGCAUCCUUCUUGUGUCUCGAUGUUACCCUCACAUUUUCAGCACAAACUUUAGGGACACAGUUGACAUCUUGGUUGGGUGGCAUAUUGAUCACACUCAGAAACCUUCUCUGACACAGCAAGUGUCUGGAUGGCUACAGAGCCUGGAGCCUUUUUGGGUAGCUGAUCUCGCAUUUUCUACCACGCUUUUGGGUCAGUUUCUAGAGGAUAUGGAGGCGUAUGCUGAGGACCUCAGCCAUGUGGCAUCCGGAGAAUCAGUUGAUGAAGAUAUACCACCACCUUCCGUUUCGCUGCCCAAACUGGCGGUUCUGUACAGAGUAAUGAGGUGUGUGACUGCCGCAAACCAAGUGUUCUUUUCGGAGGCUGUCUUGACGGCUGCCAAUGAGUGUGUCGGUGUCUUGCUUGGCAGUCUGGAUCCCAGUAUGAACGUACACUGUGACAUGGUCAUUACCUACGGGCUGGAUCAGCUGGAGAAUUGUCAGGCUUGUGGUACUGAUUAUAUCAUCUCGGUGUUGAACUUAUUGAUGCUGAUCGUUGAACAAAUAAAUACAAAACUCCCGUCAUCGUUUAUAGAGAAGCUGUUUAUACCAGAGUCUAAACUGCUUAUGCUCCGCUGCCAUAAGGAAAAAGAGGUUGUUGCAGCAGCACAUGCUGUCUAUCAAGCAGUAUUGAGCCUAAAGAACAUUCCUGUUCUGGAAACAGCCUACAAGCUGAUCCUGGGAGAAAUGGCGUGUGCCUUGAACAGUCUCCUUUGCAGCUUGCAACUUCCAGAAGCUUGUUCCGAAAUUCAGCAUGACGCUUUCAAGAACCAUGUAUUUGAUGUGGCAAAUGCAAAGUUCGUUGUUAUAUUUGACCUUAGUGCUCUAACCACAAUUGGAAAUGCAAAAAACUCAUUGAUUGGUAUGUGGGCUUUGUCUCCAACGGUGUUUGCAUUGCUGAGCAAAAACCUGAUGAUUGUGCACAGCGACAUUGCAGUUCACUUCCCUGCCGUCCAGUACGCUGUAGUCUACACACUCUAUUCACAUUGCACUAGGCACGAGCACUUCAUAUCUAGCAGCCUGAGUUCCUCUUCUCCUUCCUUGUUUGAUGGGGCUGUCAUUAGCACUGUAACUACAGCGACAAAGAAACAUUUUACUAUUAUAUUGAACCUCCUGGGACUUUUGCUUAAGAAGGACAACCUCACACACGAUAUCAGGAAACUGCUAAUCACGUGGGCUUUGGAGGUGGCUGUCCUAAUGAAAAAAUCUGAGACAUAUGCCCCAUUGUUCUCUCUCCCAUCUUUUCACAAGUUCUGCAAAGGACUUCUAGCAAACACCCUUCUAGAAGAUGUAAAUAUUUGUCUUCAGGCAUGUAGCAGCCUCCAUGCUUUGUCACCGUCUCUGCCUGAUGACCUGUUGCAGAGAUGUGUUGACGUAUGUCGUGUCCAGCUCUUUCACAGCAGUGCUCGUAUAAGACAAGCAUUUGGGAAACUGUUAAAAUCUAUUCCUUUGGAUGUAGUAUUAAGUAACAACCAUCACACGGAAAUACAAGAAAUCUCUUUGGCGAUUCGAAGUCACAUGAGCAAAGCUCCAAGCAACACGUUCCACCCGCAGGACUUUUCUGAUAUCAUUAGCUUCAUCUUGUAUGGAAGCUCUCACAGAACAGGGAAAGAGAGCUGGUUAGAAAGAUUAUUUUACAGUUGCCAAAGGUUGGAUAAACGUGAGCAAUCAAGUAUUCCACGCAAUUUACUGAAAACAGAAGCUGUUCUUUGGCAAUGGGCUAUCUGGGAAGCAGCACAAUUUACCGUUCUUUCAAAACUGAGAACACCCCUCGGCAGGGCUCAGGACACGUUCCAGACAAUUGAAGGCAUCAUUAGAAGUCUUGCGGCCCAUACUUUAAACCCUGACCAAGAUGUCAGCCAGUGGACCACAGCCGACAACGAUGAAGGCCACAGCAGCAACCAGCUGAGGCUUGUCUUGCUUCUGCAGUACUUGGAGAACUUGGAGAAAUUGAUGUACAAUGCUUACGAAGGAUGCGCUAAUGCGCUGACCUCUCCGCCCAAGGUUAUCAGAACAUUUUUCUACACUAACCGUCAGACCUGCCAAGAUUGGUUAACACGAAUUCGACUUUCUAUCAUGCGGGUUGGAUUGUUGGCGGGGCAGCCAGCUGUGACUGUCAGGCAUGGUUUCGAUUUACUGACAGAAAUGAAGACCAAUAAUAUUUCGCAGGGAAGCGAAUUGGAAGUGACAAUCAUGAUGGUGGUAGAAGCGCUCUGUGAACUCCAUUGCCCUGAAGCCAUCCAAGGAAUUGCUGUCUGGUCGUCUUCCAUCGUUGGCAGGAGCCUCGCCUGGAUCAAUUCUGUAGCUCUGCAAGCAGAAGGACGAUUUGAAAAAGCUGCUGUUGAAUACCAGGAACAUCUUUGUGCCAUGACUGGAGUGGAUUGCUGCGUUACAGGUUUUGAUAAAUCUGUUCUGAAGUUGGCCAAUUCAAACAGCGGUAAUAAUGCUAGCCCCAAACACUCUCUGAAUGGGGAUUUGCGGAAAACAGUACUGGCUAAGCCAAGUGACUCUUCUCCUGAAGUUAUCAACUAUCUGGGCAACAAAGCCUGCGAGUGCUACAUUUCCAUUGCUGACUGGUGCGCGGUGCAAGAAUGGCAGAAUGCCGUCCAUGACCUGAAGAAAAACACAAGCGGUGCCUCGGUCAAUUUAAAAGCAGAUUUCAACUACAUCAAAUCUCUAAGCAGUUUUGGUGCUGGAGAGCUUACGGAAUGUACAGAACAGCUGGAAUUACUUCCAGGGGAAGAUAUCAACCUGCUUAUUGGAGGAUCCAAGGAAAAAAUAGAUAUGAAGAAGCUUCUUCCUAACAUGCUGUCUCCUGAUCCAAGAGAACUCCAGAAAGCUCUUGAAGUUCAGUUAUUGAGAAGCUCAGUGUGUCUUGCAACAGCGAUAAGCCACUUGGACCAGGAACAGAAGUGGCAGCCCAUUACUGAAAAUCUUGUCAAGUACCUGAAACAAACGUCACGAAUUGCCAUUGGGCCUUUAAAGCUUGCCACCUUGACAGUGUCCCAGUCUUUGCCAGUACUGAGUACUUUGCAGCUGUACUGUUCGUCUGCCUUGGAAAAUACAGUAUCAAAUCGGCUUUCAUCAGAGGAUUGUCUCAUUCCUCUCUUCAGUGAAGCAUUGCGUUCAUGCAAGCAGCACGAUGUAAGACCUUGGAUGCACGCCCUCAGAUAUACAAUGUACCAGAAUCAGUUGCUGGUGAAACUAAAAGAGCAAGCUGUUCCACUACGAAGCCAUUUAAUGGAGCUGGGUCUGACUGCUGCAAAAUUUGCUCGAAAGCGUGGCAAUGUGGCGCUGGCAACCCGGUUGCUUGCUCAGUGCAGUGAAGUUCAGCUUGGAAAAACCACUACAGCCCAAGACUUAGUUCAGCACUUUAAAAAACUCUCUGCGCCCAUUCAGAUGGAUGAAAAAUGGGGCCCUGAGCUUGAAAUCGAAAAAACAAAACUGUUGUAUACAGCUGGUCAGUCAACCCAUGCCAUGGAGAUGCUAAGCUCCUGUGCCAUCUGCUUCUGCAAGUCUGCCAAGGCGGAAUACGCUGUUGCAAAGUCCAUCCUUACACUUGCCAAGUGGAUCCAAGCUGAAUGGAAAGAGAUUUCGGGGCAGCUGAAGCAGGUCUACAGAGCACGGCAGCAGCAGAACCUUGCUGGCCUUUCUACCUUAUCCAAAAACAUCUAUGCGUUGAUUGAUCUGCCAUCUGUUAAUAUAAUCGAAGAGGACUAUCCCAGGAUUGAAAGUGAAUCCACAGUGAACAUCGGUGUUGGAGAACCAGACUUCAUUUUGGGGCAGCUCUACCGUCUUUCUUCAGCACAAGCACCUGAAGUUGCUAAAUCCUGGGCAGCACUUGCCAGUUGGGCUUACAGAUGGGGCCGAAAGGUAGUUGAUAAUGCCAGCCAGGGAGGUGUCCGCCUUCUACCAAGAGAGAAAUCUGAAGUUCAAAACCUGCUUCCAGAAAACAUUGCAGAAGAAGACAGAGAGAAAAUCUACAGCAUUCUCGGGCAGGCAGUGUGCCGGCCAGCUGGGAUUCAGGAUGAAGAUAUGACCCUUCAGAUCACAGAGAAUGAAGAUAAUGAAGAAGAUGACAUGGUGGAUGUGAUCUGGCGCCAGUUGCUGUCGAGUUGCCCCUGGCUUUCGGACCUUGAUGAGAAUUCAACCGAAGGGCUGAUCAAAGUGUGGAGGAAAGUGGUGGACAGGAUCUUCAGUCUUUAUAAACUCUCAUGCAGUGCCUAUUUUACUUUCCUGAAACUGAAUGCUGGUCAGGUUCUGCUGGACGAAGACGACCCCAGGCUGCAUCUAAGAAACACUGCAGAGCAAAGCACGGAUGAUGUGAUUGUUAUGGCAACCUUGAGGCUGUUACGGCUGCUUGUGAAACAUGCCGGGGAGCUUAGGCAGUAUCUGGAACAUGGGCUUGAAACCACCCCUACAGCCCCAUGGCGAGGUAUUAUCCCUCAGCUCUUCUCACGUCUAAAUCACCCUGAAGUCUACGUUCGGCAGAGUAUUUGUAACCUUCUUUGUCGAGUAGCACAAGAUUCUCCUCAUCUUAUAUUGUACCCUGCAAUUGUGGGCACUAUUUCGCUUAGCAGUGAAUCUCAAGCUUCAGGGAGCAAAUUUCCUUCUGCAAUUCCUACCUUUUUGGGAAACAUCCAAGGCGAGGAAUUACUGGGUGGCGAGUGUGAUGGGGAGGGAAGUCCCCCAGCUUCUCAAGAGAGCAUAAAAGACGAGACGAAAAUGGGCUUAAAUGAAGACCAGGCAAUGAUGCAAGACUGCUACAGUAAAAUUGUUGAGAAGUUGUCGACUGCCAAUCCCACAAUGGUGUUGCAGGUCCAGAUGCUGGUAGCAGAGUUACGCAGAGUCACUGUCCUUUGGGACGAACUUUGGCUGGGAGUCCUGCUGCAACAGCACAUGUUUGUCCUCCGGCGAAUUCAGCAGCUGGAAGACGAGGUGAAGAGAGUCCAGAACAACAACACCCUGCGGAAAGAGGAAAAAAUUGCCAUCAUGCGUGAAAAGCACACGGCCCUAAUGAAGCCCAUUGUAUUUGCUCUGGAGCAUGUGCGGAGCAUCACCGCAGCUCCUGCAGAGACUCCUCACGAGAAGUGGUUUCAGGACAGCUAUGGAGAUGCCAUUGAAAGUGCUCUGGAGAAACUGAAGAACCCAUCGAAUCCUGCUAAGCCUGGGAGUAGCUGGAUCCCUUUUAAAGAGGUCAUGCUCAAUCUUCAGCAGAGAGCCCAGAAGCGGGCCAGUUACAUUCUGCGUCUGGAGGAGAUAAGCCCGUGGCUUGCUGCCAUGACCAGCACUGAAAUUGCUCUCCCUGGAGAGGUGUCUGCCAGAGACACAGUCACCAUUCAUAGUGUGGGGAGCACAAUCACAAUUCUGCCCACAAAAACAAAGCCGAAGAAGCUCCUUUUCCUGGGCUCGGAUGGGAAAAACUACCCAUACCUUUUCAAAGGUCUGGAAGAUUUGCAUCUCGACGAACGAAUCAUGCAGUUUUUAUCAAUUGUUAAUACAAUGUUUGCUACAAUAAAUCGUCAGGAGACACCCCGGUUCCAUGCCAGGCACUACUCAGUUACACCGCUGGGAACAAGAUCAGGCCUGAUCCAGUGGGUUGAUGGAGCCACCCCAUUGUUUGGUCUGUAUAAGAGGUGGCAGCAGAGAGAAGCGGCUUUGCAAGCACAGAAGGCCCAAGAUUCCUACCAGACACCUCAAAAUCCUGGAAUUGUUCCGAGACCCAGUGAACUGUACUACAGUAAAAUAGGGCCAGCUUUGAAGGCAGUUGGACUUAGCCUGGAUGUGUCUCGCCGAGACUGGCCUCUGAAUGUAAUGAAGUCUGUCUUGGAAGAGUUAAUGGAAACCACUCCGCCAAAUCUUCUAGCUAAAGAACUUUGGUCAUCUUGUACUACUGCUGAUGAGUGGUGGAGAGUUACACAGUCUUAUGCAAGGUCCACUGCAGUUAUGUCUAUGGUUGGCUACAUAAUUGGUCUUGGAGACAGACAUCUGGACAAUGUUCUUAUUGAUAUGACUACGGGAGAAGUCGUUCACAUAGAUUAUAAUGUUUGCUUUGAAAAAGGGAAAAGCCUUCGAGUGCCAGAGAAAGUUCCAUUUCGGAUGACACAAAACAUUGAAACAGCCUUUGGCGUGACAGGCGUGGAAGGGGUUUUUAGGCUUUCCUGUGAACAAGUUCUGCACAUUAUGCGGCGUGGCCGAGAGACCCUGUUGACGCUGCUGGAAGCUUUUGUUUAUGACCCACUUGUGGACUGGACUGCGGGAGGGGAAGCUGGAUUUGCUGGAGCCGUGUACGGCGGAGGCGGGCAGCAAGCAGAGAACAAGCAGAGCAAGAGGGAGAUGGAGAGAGACAUCACUCGCAGCCUCUUCUCCUCUAGGGUCGCUGAAAUCAAGGUCAACUGGUUUAAGAACAGAGAUGAAAUGCUGGCUGUCCUUCCAAAGCUGGAUGCCAGUUUAGGAGAAUAUUUGAACCUGCAACAGCAAUUAACGGAGGUUGAAAAACUGCAAGGCAAACUCUCAGAAGAGAUUGACUACCUGGAGGGGGCAGAAGGGGUGGAUCAUCCAUCUCACACUCUGCAGCACAGGUAUUCUGAACAUACGCAGCUGCAGUCUCAGCAAAGAGCGGUGCAAGAAGCAAUCCAGGUGAAGCUGAAUGAAUUUGAACAGUGGAUGUCUCAUUACCAAGCUGCUUUCAACAACCUGGAAGCAACACAACUUGCAAGUCUGCUCCAGGAAAUCAGUACCCAAAUGGACCUUGGUCCACCGAGCUAUGUGCCAGCAACUGCCUUCCUCCAGAAUGCUGGCCAGGCGCACUUGAUCAGUCAGUGUGAGCAGUUAGAAGGAGAGGUUGGUGCUUUACUUCAGCAGAGGCGAUCUGUUCUGCGUGGAUGUCUCGAACAGCUGCACAACUAUGCGACUGUAGCUCUCCAGUACCCCAAAACAGUGUUUCAGAAGCACCGUGUUGAGCAGUGGAAGACCUGGAUGGAAGAACUCAUUAUUAACAUGACCAUUGAACGCUGUCAGGAUCUUUAUAGGAAGUAUGAGAUUCAGUAUGCUCCUCAGCCCCCACCGGCUGUCUGUCAGUUUAUAACUACGACCGAAAUGACUUUACAGAGGUACGCAGCUGAUAUAAACACCAGGCUCAUCAGACAGGUGGAGCGCUUGAAGCAGGAAGCGGUCACAGUCCCUGUUUGUGAAGAACAGUUGAAAGAAAUCGAGCGCUGUAUUAAGGUCUUCCUCCAUGAAAACGGUGAAGAAGGAUCUCUGAGCUUAGCGAGCGUGAUCAUUUCUGCUCUGUGCACUCUUACCAGGCGUAAUCUAAUGAUGGAAGGUGCUGCAUCGAGUGCGGGAGAACAGCUGGUAGACCUGACUUCCAGGGACGGGGCCUGGUUCCUGGAGGAGCUGUGCAGCAUGAGUGGGAACGUGACGUGCCUUGUGCAGUUGCUGAAGCAGUGCCAUCUGGUCCCCCAGGAUUUAGAUAUCCCUAACCCUAUAGAAGCAUCAGAAGCUAUUCACCUCGCAAAUGGAGUUUACAUCUCACUUCAGGAAUUAAAUUCCAAUUUCCGGCAGAUCAUUUUCCCAGAAGCUCUUAGGUGCUUAAUGAAGGGAGAAUAUACUUUAGAAAGCAUGCUGAACGAACUAGACAGCCUUAUUGAGCAAAUAACUGACGUUCCUUUGCAAACGCUGGUGGAGUCUCUUCAGGCUUACUUAAGAAAUGCAGCCAUGGGGCUUGAAGAAGAAACACAUAGUCAUUACAUUGAUGUUGCAAGGAUGCUUCAUGCCCAGUAUGGUGAACUGAUUCAGCCAAGAAAUGGCUCAGUGGAUGAAACACCCAAAAUGUCAGCUGGUCAAAUGCUGUUGGUAGCCUUUGAUGGAAUGUUUGCCCAAGUGGAAACGGCAUUUGGUUUGUUGGUUGAAAAGCUCAAUAAGAUGGAGAUACCCGUGGCAUGGCGCAAGAUCGACAUCAUCAGGGAAGCCCGCAGUACCCAAGCGAACUUUUUUGAUGAUGACAACAAUCGACAAGUUUUGGAAGAGAUCUUCUUUUUGAAACGAUUGCAGACAAUUAAAGAAUUUUUCAGGCUUUGUGGUACUUUUUCUAAAACACUUUCAGGUAUAAGUUCUAUCGAAGAACAGAACACCGUGAAUGGACCAGUGCAGAUGGUCAACGUGAAAGCCUUGUACCGGAAUUCCUGCUUUAGCGAGGACCAAAUGGCCAAACCAAUCAAAGCCUUCACAGCUGACUUUGUGCGACAGCUUUUAAUCGGUCUCCCAAACCAAGCCCUGGGGCUCACUCUGUGCAGUUUCAUCAGCGCUUUGGGCGUGGACAUUAUCGCUCAAGUUGAGGCCAAGGAUUUUGGGGCUGAGAGCAAAGUGUCAGUGGAUGAUCUGUGUAAGAAAGCGGUGGAGCACAAUAUCCAGGCUGGCCGGUUUUCACAGCUGGUCAUGAACAGAGCAACGGUGCUGGCCAGCUCCUAUGACACUGCCUGGAAGAAGCACGACCUGGUCCGGAGACUUGAAACCAGUAUUUCUUCUUGCAAGACCAGCCUUCAGAGGGUGCAGUUGCAUAUUGCCAUGUUCCAGUGGCAGCAUGAAGAUCUCCUCAUCAGUCGCCCCCAAGCCAUGACAGUUACGCCUCCACCUCGUUCUGCAAUUUUAGCAAAUAUGAAAAAGAAACUUCACACUCUUGGCCAGAUUGAAGCUUCAAUUGCAGCCGUUCAGGAAAAGCUGGCAGCCCUCGAAGCCAGUAUCGAGCAGCGUUUAAAAUGGGCUGGUGGCGCCAACCCAGCACUAGCACCAGUCCUCCAAGAUUUUGAUGCCACGAUAGCGGAAAGAAGAAACCUCGUCCUUAAGGAAAGUCAAAGAGCCAACCAGGUUACUUUCCUCUGUAGCAACAUCAUUCAUUUCGAAAGCUUGCGUACCAGAACGGCAGAAGCCUUAAACUUAGAUGCUGCCUUGUUUGAACUUGUGAAACGUUGCCAACAAAUGUGUUCGUUUGCAUCGCAGUUUAACAGCUCAGUGUCAGAACUGGAGCUUUGUUUACUUCACAGAGUGGGCACCAACCUCGAGCAUCCCAUCGGUAGCUCUGAAUGGCUUCUCUUGGCUCAUAAGCAGUUAACACAGGACAUGGCUACCCAGAGAACUGUGCAGACUGAGAGAGAGCAGCAGAUAGAAACUGCGUGUGAAACAAUUCAGAACCUGGUCGAUAGUAUUAAAACUGUGCUCACUGGCCACAACAGACAACUUGGAGAUGUCAAACAUCUGCUUAAAGCCAUGGCAAAGGAUGAAGAAGCAGCUCUGGCUGAUGGAGAAGAUGUUCCUUAUGAGAACAGUGUUAGGCAGUUCUUGGGUGAAUAUAAACUAUGGCAAGACAAUAUUCAGACAGUUCUGUUCACGUUAGUUCAGGCUAUGGGCCAGGUUCGCAGCCAGGAACAUAUUGAAAUGCUGCAGGAAAUCACUCCCACCCUGAAAGAGCUGAGAACACAGAGUCAAAGUGUCUACAAUAAUCUAGUGAGUUUUGCAUCGCCCUUAGUCACAGAUACACCAAACGAAUGCUCAAGUCCAACAUCUGCUGCUACUUGUCAACCAACAUUUGCUGCAGCGGUUCGUAGCAAUACGGGGCAGAAAACUCAGCCAGAGGUCAUGUCACAGAACACAAGAAAGCUAGUUCAGAAAACUCUUGCGCCGUCAGCAGACACUCCUCCAGGCACAAUCGCAGGAACUGCUAAGAGUGUUGUGUCUAGUCCUAAAAAGGCCAUCAGGGAUCCUAAAACAGGAAAAGCUGUGCAAGAACGGAAUUCGUAUGCAGUAAGUGUGUGGAAACGUGUCAAAGCCAAGUUAGAGGGUCGGGAUUUGGAUCCCAACAGGAGAAUGUCUGUUGCUGAACAGGUUGACUAUGUGAUUAAGGAAGCAACUAAUCUAGAUAACUUGGCUCAGCUGUAUGAAGGUUGGACAGCCUGGGUAUGAACAGGAAGAUAGCAGGUCGGUCUGGUUCAGCGAGGUCAGACAUCCAGCAGAAUCAACUCAGCCUCAGGCAUCCAUAGCAGCACCACAGUCGGCUGGUGAUGCAUUUCUGGGGCUUAAUGUGAGGAAACCUAGGCAAUCUCGGUGCACUGGGAAAGUGAGUCCUGCAGAGUAGCUGCACCUCAGGGAUACGCUAAACAAAAUGGCCUGGAACCCCCCCAGGGUCAAGGGUGAAAGUUCACCGCCUGAACAACACGGCUGUCUUUCUGCUACAGAAGAACUGCAAAUCGUGUCGCGUUGGGGGGAAAUAGCUGCAGAAAGAAAUUGGGAAUGCUACAGACCGCAGAGUGAUUUGGAACCCAGUUCCACCUGAACCUGUGAACAAUCCAGGAAAUACCGAACCCGAAACAGGAAAAAAAGGGGGCCGUGAAGAAAUCACAGCACAGGAAGAAUUAAGAGAUUCAGAUUCUUGAGUUACUCUUGUUGCUCGGCAACGGUGCUGGUUGAGUUGACCAGGUAGUACAAAAAAGAAGGGGAAAAAAGCUACAUGAUAUGAACUUCAGAAAUGGACUGAAAUACAAAGAGCUGAUACAAAGAGCUGUACAUCAGCUAUAUAAGUAUAUUGGAAGAACCUCUAAGAAGAAGAGAGCCUUUGUGUCUUUUUUUUCCUUUUAGUUCUUUCCCACUUCUGGUUUAUUCUUGUAGUUUAGGUGUAUUUCCAGAACCGAUUUUAUUUCAAUCCUUGUAUUUCACUGUUCAGGCGAAUUAACCUUUUUUGGGAUGGGUGGGUGGAGGGAGGCAAGUCAGUUUUCCAAAAAGCACAGAAAAUGCUGAUUACUAAGUGAUUUAUCUUUUUUGAGUGAUCAAAUGCAAACUGUUGGGGUAUUUUAUUUUAAGGUCGUUUUUGUGAUUUUAUCAUGUACAGUUUCCCCAAAUUCACUGUGCAUUUCAAAGUUAAUCUACCAGGCAUUUGAUUUCAUGUGAAACGUCCUUCUGCUUGCAGUAUACACUCCUUUGUAAUUCAGACCUUUCUUUCCAAAGCUCAUUCUCCUGUGAUUGCUGUAGUUUCUUUUGUAAACAUAGCAAAUCCAAUGUAACCUUUACCUUUUGAAAAAAAGAGAAACCAGGAUAGAGUUUCCAAGUAGAGUUUUACAUUGUUGCUGAAACAAAAUCAAUAAAGUGAAGUUCUAGAGGAGGUAGUUUUAUGCUGUUUAAUUCACUUCAGAUUUUGGUUUACACUUGUAAAUGUACCUUUUCAGUUCAAUCUGGGUUUUUUUAAAGAGAAUGCAUAAAGCUAAGAAAGGACUGUCUUUUUCUUUUCCCAUGCUCUGGUGAAAUAGUAUCUGUGUGGUUAUUUUUUUUCAUAUGAUUCCCAUUAGGUAGUGCUUACUUACCCAUUCAUAGUGAAUUACUCAAUGUCGUUUCCUAAAUCUACCUUGCACUUUUGAACUGUGGGUGUGAAAGAGAAGUUGCUGUUUGAAUGGCACUUUAAACCAGUCUUCAGUGUUUCACCUGCCUGCUUUAAAAAAACAAACAGUAAUUUACGAGCUUGUACUGGAUUUGCCCUAGGAUAGUACAGCUUGUUCCUGAAAGAACCUUUUGCCAUAAUUUUCACUUGUUGGAGGUGGUGUUAGGGUAGAUGCCGCUUGAUUGUGAAGUCGAAGGUCAAAUUUGUGGGGCUGGCAGCAGCCCACCUCCAGCUCAUUUGCUGUGAAAGUCACUGGAUGUGGACAAUAUCAGGACUCACAUCAUUUCCUAUUAAUCUCUUUUGCAAUUAAAAAAAAUGCUCAAAUAGCUAUUAAAGUAAUUUCCAGUAAUGCAGCCUAUUUACCUGAGACAGCCUUUGCUCAGAAGAAUGGCAAUCGAAUACAUAAUGACCUAGCAAAAGGAACCAGAAAGAAAUUCCAGUGUUUAGAACACAGAAGGAGCCAUUUUGCUUUCUUGAGAUAUCUUAUGCAGAGGAGACUUGAUAACUGUUAAUCAUCUUCCAUGUAGCUAUGCCACGCUCUCCUUUCUGUUACCCAGCUUAGAUGCAUUACGUACCCCAUGUACAGAAAUGUACUAAAGCUUGUGAGUUUUAAUACCAGGGCUCUUGAGCCUUUGCCAUGUAUUUCAAGAGAGGGAGACGCUUCUUGGGUCCCCCCCUUUUUUUUUUAGUAAAAAUUGAGCUAAGGCAAAAUUCACAGUUUAGUGCACUUUGGGUUUUGCGUGUCCCCCCCCCCCCCCGGUAUGAACCAUCAUUAACAAGCAUUCUGUAUCAGUAUGAUUGGAAUAAGAUUGUUCCAUGUUUCUGUUUCUUGGAAGCUGGGAUGAGGGCAGGCUACUACACCUGUGAUUAAUGUAUUAUUAUAAUAUCACUUCUCUCCAGAAAUAAAAUGUGUAUGGAGGUUGGGGGUCUUUACUGCAUAAUGUAAUAAAGCUUAAAAUUCAACUUGUA